CCCCGAUUUUCGAUUGAAGGCCACUCCUUUAGUCUGCGGACAUCGACCACCCACUAAUUCCUAGGGCACCCAAUUCCUCUUCUUUCUUUCUUUCUCUCUUUUGCUGCUGAUCACACAUAGUCAGGAAUCCUUCUUGUACAGGGUCAUCAGGUGAGAGAUCUUCCUCCCAAAACUUCGGACCCCGAAAAAAACGCCAGUGUUGAUCAAUUGAGGGAUUGGCUAUUUCUGUGGUGUACGCUUCUGUCCGCAUGGAGGGUUUAUCGAGGGUUUAGCCGUUUAGUCAGUAUAAGUUGCGCCCAAUUCUCAAAAUAAGCCCAAUUUUGUUUUAAACCUUGGAGGAUUGACAUUUUGUAUUCAUGGGAAGGCCUUACCCUAGGAGUGGAAAUUCUUCCAAUGAUGAAGAAUCAGAUGAAGAAAGACAUUCCGAGUGUAGUUCUUCUUCUUCUUCUGAUGAUGAUGAUUUUGCGGUGCGGACAACAGGCGGCAGCGGCAUGAAGAGGAAGAAAUUGGGGUGGAACCCGGUGACUCCAGAAGCAGAAUGUUGCCCUGACUCCAUCACUGAGUACCUAAACACGCCAUUAUCAAAGCGCAGGAAAUCUGAGGAGUUGAAUUUAAAAGUAAAGAGACAUCUCUCAUAUUCAGGCUGGUCAAUUAACUCAUUUAAGACUCCUAAUAAUGGACAUCGAGUGCGUUAUGUUUCUCCUGAAGGGAAAACUUACAUGUCCCUCACCCAGAUAUGUCACCAGCUCGUCAUAAACCCUAAUAAUAACAAUAAUCAUGAAUGCCCAUCUGGAUCUGCUUCUUCAGUUUCUAUGGUUGUUGAUCCUAUACCAGUGAUUAAGCCUCAAGCAUGUAGAAAGUUAUCUGUCUCUCCUCCUCCAACAGUUGUGGGGCAUUCUGAGUCUUCACAAUAUCUUAAGGCAGUAACUGAUUAUUUGCUUUUGGGUAAAAAGAAUACCAAAGAUCCUAAAACAAAGGCACUCAAGUCAGAAGCUAAGGAGAAUGCCCGGAAGCAUCUGGUUCACUGUAAAUGGAAACUGUUUAAAGUCUCCAAAAAGGACAGAAUGGAAUUACGCUACAAGUCACCCACUGGCAAAGUCUUUAUCUCUCUUUUCACUGCCUGUGAAUGGUAUACCCGGCAAACAAAUUCAGAAGGCAUGGGGUAUCUGGAAAGCAUUGUUGAAUCAAAUGUUGCAGAAGAGAAAAAAGAACAAGUCGAACCAGAAGAGGAGGAAAUGGUUCUUGGAAUAGGUAAAAAAGAACAAGUCGAACAAGAAGAGGAGGAAAUGGUUCUUGGAAUAGGUAAAAAAGAACAAGUCGAACAAGAAGAGGAGGAAAUGGUUCUUGGAAUAGGUAAGUUCCGAAAGAAAUUAAAGUUUUGCUUGGAUGAAUCCAAGAGUAGUGGUUCAAUUGAAGAUUCCAAUAUCCGGCCUUUAGUAUCAUCCUGUAAAAGAGAGAGGCGGAAUGGUUUGGCAUGGUUAGUGGAGAACAAUGUGGUUCUUCUUGAAUCGAAGGUGCAAUACAGGAAGAAGGAUGGAAGUGUGUUGAAGAGCGGGAAAAUUUCCCGUGAUGGCAUACUAUGUGAUUGUUGCCAGCUGGUUUAUGGACUCUCCAGCUUUGAAGCUCAUGCAGGUGUCACAUAUCACAGGCCUUCAGCAUUUAUUUUCCUGGAAGAUGGAAGGUCAUUAUCCGAGUGUCAGUUAGAGCUGAAACGCAAAGGGGACAACCUUAAUAAGAGCGCCAACUUUAUAGAACAUGACCUUAUAUGCUCUGUCUGUCACGAUGGUGGUGAAUUACUUCUUUGUGAUAAGUGCCCUUCUGCGUUUCAUACUAUUUGCCUUGGUCUAAAGGAGGUUCCACAUGGAGACUGGUUCUGCACAUUUUGUUGUUGUGGAAUUUGUCAUCAGAGUGGAUUUGAUGAGAAUGAUAAAAACCAGUUGACAGAUAAUAGUCCUCUUUGUUGUUAUCAGUGUCAAUUCCAAUAUCAUGUUAGGUGCCUUAAAAGUAGGUGUUUAAUUGAUCUGGACAUCCCGCCUCAAGGAAAGUGGUUUUGCAACUACAAAUGCCAACAGAUAUUUGCAGGACUUGAUCAACAGUUCGGAAAGCCGAUUGCAGUGGAGCCAGAUAAUCUAACAUGGACAUUAUUGAACUCUGGAGAUGAUGAGAAUCAUAAGAAGCUUAGAGCUGCUCUUGAUGUUAUGCACGAGUGUUUCGAGCCUGUAAGGGAACAUCUAACUCAGAGUGAUCUUCUUGAAGAUGUCAUGUUCAGUAGACGCUCUGUGUUACGCCGUAUAAAUUUUCAAGGGUUCUAUGCUGCGAUCUUGGAAAGAAACAAUGAAAUUGUUACGGUGGCUACAAUUAGGGUUCACGGAGAAAAGGUAGCUGAGAUCCCGUUCGUUGCCACACUGUCCAAAUAUCGGGGACUUGGAAUGUGUCACAUUUUAAUGAACCAAUUGGAGAAGAAACUUUUGGAAUUAGGAGUGCAGAGGUUAGUAUUGCAGGCCAUUGCAGGAGCAUUGGAGACAUGGACUGGUUCGUUUGGCUUCUCGUUGAUGACGGAAGAGGAUAGAUUGAAGUUCUCAGACACCAAUUUGCUCAGCUUCUAUGGUACAGUGAUGUGCCAGAAGAUGUUAUCUAAUAAAGACACCUCCACAGAAUCAAAUCAAUGUGCCCCAGAUGAGGUGGACGGUGUUAUUGGUCCACUAGUUUCAAGAGCUUCUCAGCCUGAUGAAGAAAUAUAUGGCAACAUGUGUUUUGAGGGUCAAGAGCAAGAAGAGUUCAUUGAUUCACUGUUUGGCUUAAACUAGCUAGUAGCUAGGGUGACAAUUUAUAGUAUUUUCACAUUCUUUUAUUUGUUCUAGCAGGAGAAGUAGUGCAGGACUUGGGAUCAAUUGUGAAUGAACAAAGAAGCAAUUUUUUUUGCAAAUAUUAAAGCGGUCACUUGGUAUAGUCUAAUAGGUAGUUUAUAAAUGCUGAAAUACUCCGUACUGCAGAUAUAUUAUUCCUAACCAGCACAAAACUUG